AUGUCGGACAUGAAAGUGUUUAGGGCAAAAGCAAAAUCCCUAGAAACUAUUAGGGGUGAUUUUGGGGGUCAAUAUUCUAUAUUGAGGGACUAUCUACUGGAGGUUCAAAGUCGAAACCCAAACACAACAAUCAAGCUUCAAGUGGAUAAUUCUUCCAACCCUGCAUCAGAUACUAGGAUUUUUAGACGGAAAAGGGAAUUUCUUGGACUGGAUGGUGCAUUCAUGAAGGGUCCCUACCCUGGUAUGAUUCUAACUGCAGUGGGAUUAGAUGGAAACAACUGCACUUACCCAGUUGCAUAUGGUGUUGUAGAGUCUGAGAACUACAGCUCAUGGACAUGGUUUCUAAAAAAUCUUGGUGAUGAUUUGGAUUUGAGUACCAAUUCAAACUUCACUUUUAUAACUGAUAGGCAGAAGGGUGUUUUGCCUGCAAUUGCAAAAUUGUUUCCAUGUGCAGAAAAUAGAUUUUGCCUUCGACAUAUCCAUGAGAAUAUGAAGCGGAAGUGGAGGGGCAAGGAGUUUAAAGAUUGUCUCUGGAAAUGUGCAACAACAUCAACUGUACAACAAUUCAAUCAUGCAAUGGAGGAACUGAAGAAAUUGAACAAUGAUGCAUAUGAAUGGCUUAAAGCCAUUCCACCCCAACAUUGGUCCAGGUCUCACUUCACAGGAAGAACACAUUGUGAUGCAUUGUUAAACAACCUUUGUGAGACAUUGAAUAUCAAGCUUGUCAAGGGUCGUGACAAACCAAUUAUAAGUUGCUUGGAAUUUAUUAGAGAGUACAUAAUGAAGAAGCUUGUUAUUAUCCAAAAGACAAUUGACAAAUGUUAUGGCCCACUAACUCCUACAGCUACCAAGACUAUAAAGAAGAUCAAAUGUGAAGCUGCAGAGUAUAGGGCUGUGUUUUGUGGAAAUGGGAAGUAUCAGGUUACAGGUGGUGAAGCUAUAUGGGAUAUGAGGAGAUAUAAUGAGAAUGUUGGGAUACCUGAAACAUGGGUUCACCCAACAUACUGGUUGAAGACAUGGCAAGAGAUGUAUGCCUUUAAAAUUGAACCAAUUAAUGGGAGGAUGAUGUGGGCAAAAAGUCCUUGUCCAACUAAGUUACUACCACCAAAACAUCAUGUGCCUAUUGGUAGGCCAAAAAAGAAAAGAAGAAGAUCUGCUACUGAAGAUGAUGGUGCUAUAGGGACCAGAACAGUUAGAUGUUCAAAGUAUGGAAAUGUUGGGCAUAAUGGUAGGAGCUGCAAGGGGCAGACAGUGGGAGGAUCACAGGCCAAUGGUAGUGAUGUGGGACAUAACUCAGGUGCUAUGAAUAAGGGAAAAAGUAUGAUGGUUUAG